AUGCAAAUGCCAGUAAUAUAUACAAAUUUUAUUUCAACUUAUCUACCUAUUCUAAAUCCUCUUUUUAAUUUUCCAUAUGUGCACAUUAAUACAAUAUCAUCAUCAGUUAUUGCUAAACUAAUAUUUAAUGCUUUUCUUAAUGCAAUUUUUGGUUUGGUUCAUACAGUUUUUGCACAAGAAUUUGCUCAAGUUUUUCUUGGCCGAUUCUUGUUUCCUAAACAAACACUUCGAACUGUUUAUUGUUUGCUAGUAACUGUCACUGCAUUUAUUAUUAUGGGUUUUUGGCAACAUACACAUAUACAACUUUGGAAUUGGUUACCAUCAACGAUGAGUGAUUAUCAACAAAACCUUGCGUUAUUCUUUAUAUUCAAUGUUAUCUACGCUCCAGCAUGGUAUGUGGUUAUCCAGUUUAAUCCAUUUGAAUUUUGUGGUCUAAAACAAAUCUUUAAUAAAACCGAAAGUAUUGGAUGCCCCUAUUCAUCGUCAGUAAAGUCAGAGGCACGAACAAUAAAUAAUCCGACUUUAGUGACAACUGGUCUAUUUCGUUAUUGUCGUCAUCCUUUGUAUUUGAUUACAUUAUUGAGUUUAACAAUCACGCCUGUUAUGUCACUUGAUCGUUUGGCUUUUAUUAUAUAUACAUGUAUAUAUGGAUCAAUUGGUAUUUAUUUUGAAGAACGCAAAUUAAUACAAAUAUUUGGUCAAGCUUAUAUUGAUUAUCAACAACAUGUACCAGCUAUUUUUCCUUUUUCUGUCUCGAAAACGAAACAGAACUAG